CUAAAAAUUAAAUAAAAAUAAAACUCAUUUUCUUUCUCGUCUCCCCCUCUCCUCGCGCUCUGAAACUCUUUUUGAUUCAAUUUGCUUUACAGCACAGGGAGCAGCAGUAGCGUGUGAUCGGGAUGAUGGGGAGCUCCCCGGAGACGUCCCCUCCCCCGGGCUUCGAAAUCCUCGACCCUUCUCCUCCGCCGCCUCCGCCUCCGCCUCCGCCUCCGCCUCCGCCUCCUCUCCCGGAAAUGGGUCAAAUGGUCUGCGGAAGCUGUCGCGAGCUUGUUUCUUAUCCGAAAGGCGCUGUUCACGUUCAGUGCGCCUGCUGUCGAGCAGUAAACUUCGUUUUAGAAGCACAUCAGGUCGGUAACAUAAAGUGCGGGAAAUGUUCCUUGCUAUUGAUGUACCCGUAUGGAGCUCCGGCAGUUCGGUGUUCCUCCUGCUAUCACGUAACUGAAAUCGGAGUAGCACACAAUAGUUGGCCCUCGCUCUCCGGUCAGCAGGGUCAAACAGCCCCAGUAUCUUAGAAUCCUAUUCACUCUCAACUAGCAGAGACUAACUCUUAUGUGAUCUGAGUCUCUUCCUUCAUUUUCGGCUGGAGUUGUAAAGCUGCGAUGUAUCCGCGCGUACGCCCUACACGAAGCCAGCAGUGAGUAAAUUGUAGAGGCGACAAUCGAGAAAGCGGCAAAAAUGACCGACAUGGCUUACCUGGAGCACAACGAUUCCUACACCGCCACAUACACAACCAGGUAUGAGAUGUCUUAUUCGAACACUCGGUGGAAGAUAACAGAGGGAGCAAUCCUGAGAUCAUAGAUUACAACUGUUCUUUUUCUGUAAAUAAUAAUCCUAUUAGUUAUUAAAAUAUGCAUCUGCUUUGUUGUGGUCAAAGUUCCCAAGCCAAACCGAUCACUAUCCAAUAUUUAGAGUUUUAUCCUCAAAUGAUAUAAUGGUUUGUUGUCUAUUAGUGAACUGAUGUUGUGUUGCAGUUCUGUUUAUAGUGCUUUCUGUAAGAUUCAGUUGGUA